AUGGCGGCCGCGCCUGGUACUUCCACCCUGCGGCACGGAGUCUCCCUCUGGUGCCCUCAGUCUCCUGCCCUCCGGCGCGUCAAUCUGCUCCCUUGCUCUCAUCUGAGCACGUCUUCCUUUCGGAGGAGCUUCUCGGUGGCGGCGUCUGCGUCCUCGAGUUUCGCCAAUGAGAACCGGGAGUGAGAACCACAUACUCACCUCCUCCUCCCCUUUCCUUCCUCCAUUUGGAGCGUUUCUAAUCCUCGGGACGAUCGUUUUUCCCCUCUCUUAAUUAAUCUGCAGGUUUGUGAUCGUCGGAGGAGGAAAUGCCGCGGGAUACGCAGCUCGGACUUUCGUCGAGCACGGGAUGGCAGAUGGAAGGCUGUGCAUCGUAUCCAAGGAGGUGCUUGUUCUCUGUUUUCCCUUGCUAUCGUCUAGUAAAUGCUCUAUAUCUUGUGCCAAUGGCAGCUUCUGUGAGCAAAGGCCUUCCCUGACCAGGUGUUGGUCUGUGGGAGCUCUCUAUUUUCACAUAUCUGAUUCAUGUAUUUCAUGUACUCUGCAUCUUCAUGACCGCAGAGAAAGCAAAACUUUUGUCAUCCGUUUUGCUUAGUCCAGACCUGAGAUCAUAUCUGCACUACUUUUGUGACCUAUUGACUUGGUUGUGGCUCAAAACUGAUCCUAAUUGGCUUAGUUUUGACUCAUGAUUGUUUAUAUCUGAAACCCAAAUACCUCUAGAGAGUUUAUUUUUGAGACUUACCUUGUGCAAACCAUGGUAUAUAUCGCCCCUUUUCUUUGUAUGUUAAAUUUGGUGUUGUCGAACACCACCUUUCCAAAAUCAGUUGUGCUUCUUGGUGACUUCAUGUUUAUAUGAGAAGAUAUUUAAAUUUUUUGUAACAAAGUUGUGCUGUUGUUGUAAAAUGGUGCUGAUUCUAGUGUUGUUUAUGCCAGAUCUCGAUAUUACCUCGUGUCAUAAUCUCUCUUUUCCAUGAUCUGGCGACAUUGAUGCUCUAUUUUUUUGUGAUUAUGGGACACUGUAUGUUUCAUUUUGUCAGAGAUAUGUCCUUUCAGAUCCUUCUUAUCAUUUGUGGCUAAGUAAUACUUAUGAUAUCGCAACUAAUGGGUCCACUUUAGUCAUCAAUUCACAAUUUUUUUUGCUAAACCUAGUUGAAGUAGAUUGCUUUAAUAUGAUUUGAUUUAUAUUUUCUCCAGUACUGAGCUUCCUUUUGUAAAUUUUUUGAUUGAUGACGUAAACUUAUGACUUGGUAUUGCAAUGUUUUUGACCCAACAGGCUGUGGCCCCAUACGAGAGGCCAGCACUGACUAAAGGUUAUUUAUUUCCUCCAGAAAAGAAGCCAGCACGUCUCCCGGUAUAGUUUAUUCAUACUUUCCGUGAAUCAUGGAGCCUGACCUCUCCAAUCGGUUUUUUUUUUCUAGAUGGAGAUGCUGUCUGUGAUUGUGACAUCUCCUUACCUUGAGUCUUUUAAGACAUGGACUGCACAUUUUGUUUAAGUAGAUGCAUCAUUUCUUUUAUGAGUGCUCACAUAUACUGUAUCAUUUAUUCCACAUAUUCCACAUAUUCCACUCUCCUGCAUAAAUUUACCUUUUUAUCUUUAAGAUAACCUUGUCUUUCAUAUGAAUUUUUUCAUGACAGGGCUUCCAUACAUGUGUUGGAUCUGGCGGUGAAAGGCAAACUCCUGAAUGGUACAAGGAGCAUGGGAUUGAGGUAACGUGUAGAGAGAUUCACCUAAAGUUUGCAUUCUUAACAUUGCUCCUCUCCAAGAUAGAGUCUCUUCUGUCUUUCAUGACAAUAUUUUUUGCCACACGUGACACAUCAAUAUUGCUUCCUGAUAUAUUGUGGUUACGUACAUGACAUGUCUAUCUUUUAAUUUUAUUUUCUGAGUAUGCACGUCUUGUGUUGAUCCUCAGAAUAUCCCCCGUAGGUUACUUUUGAUUAAUGGGGGGUAGCCUUCUACUUUGAGAGGCCCAUGUCAAGUGGCAAACUCAUAUCAGAAGUAAACGUUUUCAAUAUUUAUAAGCCACCGAAAUGAGUGCAUGUAACUUUGCAGUCUGUUUCUGACAUGACAUCCGUUUUAGACAUUUAAUGGAGCCUGGGUUAGAGUCUUUCCUGUCUUAAGGAGGAAUACUUUUAUCAUUCUUGACCCAUUAGAACCGCAUUUUGAUAUAUGCAAAUAGCAAGGUCUUGCCGUUUAUCUGAAUACUAAAAAUCAACAAUUCAUUGAAUUAGCAUCACAUGCAUCCUCAUGGGCAGAAAACACCCAUACCCUACCCAGGUCAAGAAUCGGGAAUAGGUUAUACUGACUUUAUAUCAAUCCUUGUCCUCCAGGACCAUAUGUAGAAUAAGACGUAAAAUCAUACAAGUUCUCAGGGAAAACCUGAAGAAUGAAUCGAACAGGACUUCUGUUUUCAUCAAGUCAACCGUUGAUUUAGACUGUCUGCAUGAUAUGAACCAGGUUGGAUAGCUUGGACUGGGACAAACUAUGUUGGAAUCUAUAAGGUCUACUGUUUCAUCCAGUCAGCUGUUACUUUAGACUGUCUGUAUGAUGAGAACUAGGUUGGAUGGCUUGGACUGAGAAAAAACUAUGUUUGCCACCAAACUGAGCUGGAUCAACAUUUGUCAAUCUGAAAAACUUAAAACGCUCAGAUAUCUUUACUUUUUUUAGAGUUUUAGAGGGCAUUUCCUAUACUUAUAAACUUUUUUUUCAUCAUGUAUGAUGAGAUAAGGCCUCAGGAAGAAAUUUCGAAAGAAGUACAUAAUUAACAUCAAUCAAUCAAACCGCUGUCUAUAGGAAGUCAUAAAAUGGUGCGAUGUGAAUGUUGUGCAUGACCAAUUAAAUAGUUUUAAAAGUAUCGUGGAUGUACAGAAGGACAAUAAAAUUUAGUUGGAAGCUAAAUUAAACGAGUAAUUUUAUACGCUUGUAUGCCCUCUGUGAUCUAUGGUCCGGACUACUGCAAAUCUGUGGAGGAUAUAGUUUUUUCAGUCUAGCAUGUGAUGUGGAUAUCUAAAAUCAACUUGUGUUACCAAUAUCUUUCCCUCAGGUUGAGACCUGUACUGAAAUCUCAUUUCUUUACAUAUGACGCUCGUGUCAGAGCUAUGGUUUGUUAAUAGCCAUCGUAACUUUUAUUUUUCUCCUCGCUUCAUUCUGAAACGAAAUCCUUUUCUUACUGAAGAAGUAAAGGAUUGUAUAAUCGAUUGUUUAUACUUUACAUUGGUUGAUACAAUGGGAUGUUAUCAAAUGAGAGUAGUUCUGUUAUAUGGGAACUUGUAGGUACACAUGGUACCUGGCUGUUCUCGAAGGACGCGUUGAUGGUCCUCAGUCCUAUGUUAAUGCACGCGGCGGAGACUUUAUUUCUCUCGUGUGCUGUAUGUUGUAGUUGUUCAUGCCGUCUUGGGAUAUGGUCUUAAUGGACCUUGCCGUUAGAGGUGUUUUUAUUUUUAUCUUCUUUUGAAAAUAGGUUCUGUACUGUUGAUUUCCUGCUGGCAGGCCUUACUCACCAUUAAGAAUAGUGGUGCUAGAGUGAUAUGGACUUCUGUGACGACUAAUGAGAAUAUCUGUGCAGUCUUUGUUUUUGAGUCUGUUCAAUGGUUCCAUAUUUUCUUCAUAAAGAUAAAUACCGACAGGGUAGUUUUCUUCUUCGUGCAGGUAAUAUAUGCAGAUCCGGUGACAGACCUUGAUAUCCAAUCGCAUUCUCUCAGAACGUCAUCAGGCAAAAAUCUCAAGUAUGGCUCCCUCAUAAUUGCGACAGGAUGUACUUCUGUAAGGUACUGUGACAAAAAUUACAAAUUUACCUCUUGAAGUUGGCAUUUUUUUUGUUUUUUUGUUUUUUUUUUCAUCUGAUGUUUAUGCACUGUGAACAUUUUUCCUUCAAUAUUAUCAUCUUUGAUGAAUGGGAAUAAAUUGAAGCGUAGGAAACGUACAAUGGACGGGGACAUAAAUGCUUGAAGUGCUAGUUUAGAUACUCUCGUGUGAUAUUCAUUUUCCAAAUGUCUCAUAUCAUAAAUUGUGACUAUUGGAUUGACACAUCCAUUACCAUUAAUAUUUUGUAAGAAAAAUGUGCAAGCAUUUUUUCUAAGUUGGAGGAUAAAUUUCGCAUUAUAGUUGAUUUAACCUUGACUUGUAUGUAUGCAGAUAUUGACUCUUAGCACAAUUUUCGGGGGUGUUCUAUGAUUGGCAUGAGAUGACUGUACUCUUAGUUGUCAAUCAAAGUAUGCAUUCUGUAUCUAAAUAAAUUAUACUCAUUUUAUAUAAUUUAGACAUUAUAAGUAUGGACGACCUAAACAAAGGGUUAGGUCAUGGCAAUAAAUUGGAUGGAGUUAAAAUAUCGUUGAUUAUGACCGAGGAAAGGAGUACGACUAUCAAUUACCCAUUGCUCUCUCACAAUAUAUAUUAUAAAUAUUAAUAUAUAUCAUUUUUUAUAAGCUGUUAUUAUGUACCAUGACAAGUUGUUUAUUUUUUUUCUUCUACAAUGUGCUUUUUAGUUUUCAAUUCACCCUUAGAUUGAACAAUUUUUCCGAUCCAAUAUGACUCAAAGGUGAUCAAACCUUUAUGUAGGUUAAAUAUACGAAAAGAGCUGAAAUUUAACGUUACUUAUUGGGUGCUCCAGGAAAAUGUGCUAAAAUGAGGUCUUAAAUAAUGAAAGAAGUAUACUCAAAGCAGUGAUCAUAAUUGACAUUGGUAUUGUCUGUGGAAAGGGAAACAAGAUGGUUCUAAAAACUGGUAGCUGGCACAGAGAUUGAAGACAGGAAACACGUGUCAGUUAGGCUAGAAAUAUAAGAGUUUGCUCUAGUUAUAGUAGAGGUGAAUAGAACUAAUUGGAUUGAGACCAAAUGUAACGGAUUUGAAGAGCUAAAAUUAUUACCAAAUUAUGGGAGGGUUGGCUACUUAAGUCGUGUCAGUUAUGACAGGAUAGAGGUGGGCAAUUUGAGUUAUCUAGAUCCUUCUCAAGUCGUGCUUCAAUAGAGUUUUUUUAUAUUAAUUGUGAGCGUACGAAAGGAUAGUGGAAAGUAACAUUUUUUAUCUUUACACAAUGGUGCUAUGCGAGAGUUGUGAUAAUAUGCUCUCAGAACUUUGUAUUUUAUAGCAUGAGGAAUUUAUUUUUUAGGUGAUUUAUUUUAUGUUAAAACAUAUGUUUAAUGUGUUCUCUCACUGUUUAAGGUUUAGUUUUUUUUUUUGAGAAUUCUAGACGAUUUAUGAGGCUUGAUGGAAAUCACUGAAAUUUUGUGUUAUUUAUGCAUUAUUUGCACUAGCCUUUGAGUGCAUUUUCAAUUAAUUUUUCGCAUCUUUCAAUUCAGAUUCCCAGCAGGAAUUGGCGGAAGCUUGCUAGGUGUCCACUACAUUCGUGAUGUUGCUGAUGCUGAUUCAUUGGUUUCUUCAUUGGUACUUGAUGUUUCCUCUUAGAAUUAUUUCUUUUAUUCAAUUUGGGUGCUUUCACUGUGAUGUUCUCUCUCAUUGUGCAACUUUAUACAUUUUAAUAGUUUUUCUCUUUCCUGGAGCGUAGCAGUCCUCUCUCUAUCAACCUAAGACAUCUAAAGUUGACUAAAUAUAAAUACAGUUUUACUCCUAACAUUUAACCAAUACCUUGACAAAAGGUGGCCUUUUGAGUAGUGCGUAGUGUUCGUUUAUUUUUCUAUUUAUCUACUUGUCAAAACUUGAUGGCUAUAUAUUGCUGAAUACUAAUGUUCGUGAAAACAUUCAUUAUGUCGUAAUUUGAACUUUUAUGAGACACAUGAUUGACUUGCUUUAUUUGUUAACAUAUCGCUUAAAAUUUCCUUGGAACAAUGCUGCUAAAGAAUGUUAAACCUCAUCAUCAACUUUAAUUUCCUCGUUGUCCGCACUGGAUUUCAGAGUGAAAUUAAUCUUUGAUUUAUCACUAUCUGUGUUUUUAUUGUAGGAGAGAGCACAAAAGGUUGCUGUAAUCGGUGGUGGAUACAUUGGGAUGGAGGUUGCUGCAGCAUGUGCUGGUUGGAAACUUGAUACAACUGUAAGUUCAUAUUUUUUUGGUGAGAAAUGUUAUGCACCAUUGGAAUGAGGAAAGGAUAUUGUAAUUUAUAAUUUUUUCUGAGAUUCACAUUUAGUGCACUUUACUAUCUUCAAGUCUUGUUUUCUUGAUUCACCAUGUGAAGAGAGAACGAAGAACUUUCCCUUCUGACAUCAAUGAUGAAAACUUUUCUUGAUUUUUUAUAACAAUAUCUUUCUUUCCGACAUUAAUUGUUACAUAGUUGUCCACGUAAAAAAUUAUCUCAUUGUUUCCAUCCAAUGAGAGUGUCAGAAGGCACUCAAUACUUUGACUUAUAUGAAUUGUAUGAACAAAAACGUUUCCUAUAUAGAUUCUUCAUGCGUGAAUAAAUUUCUUUAAGAAAGUUUCUUUAAGAUGGUAGGGCCCUACUUGGAAACAACCAGUCCAAACAAAAUCAGCUAUCUUUUUGUUUUUAUUUCAUUAGUUUACAAAAGACUGUAGUUCUCCCUCUGAAAUUGGAUCGGCCUCUGGGUGGUGACUUAAAUCAAUGAAUUCGUCAAUUAUUAAGAGGGCACACGCUGUUCUGACUCAUGGAUAUCUUAGGAUGUUAUUAUAUUUUAUGUACUGACUUUGUUGAAACUGUUUAUAUGUCUACAGGUAAUUUUUCCUGAGAAUCAUAUUAUGCCAAGAUUGUUUACUUCUUCAAUUGCUGAAAAAUAUGAAGAUCUUUACAAAGAGAAUUCUGUGAAGUUCUUGAAGGUAUUUAUACAUCCGAAUGCCGUAUAUGAUUAUUUUGAAUUACCUGACUAAUGUUAAAACUAUGUGCAUUACUAGGGUGCCUUCAUUGACAAACUUGAGGCUGGUUCUGAUGGAAGGGUGGCUGCUGUUCGCUUAAAGAAUGGUUCUGUUGUCGAAGCAGACACGGUAUUUUCUUUACCUUAUCCUUGAGAUUAAUAUAAGAUCAGUUUAUUCAAUCAGUAACCCUACAUGUUUGACUACUGCUGGGAUUCCAACUAUUUCUUGGAAUGGGUGUAUAAGAUGUGUUUAAAAAGUGAAAAUAGGUUCAAAUACAGCAGUUAUUCAAAAAGAUUUUCUCGGUUUUAGCUGACCAGGUCAGAUGCCUGCCCCAUCUUGAGCUUGUCUCAGUCUGACUGACCUGGCAAAAAGAACACAAUUGACUUCAGAUUUGAUCAAUUAGUCAAAUGAAAUACUGUUGUGAUCUUCUUGGUGACUUGAUAAAAGGUGAUUUGGAGGUUAAUAGACCCUAUAGGCUUCUGUCCCAUUCCUCACUCGAUUUGUUUGUCUUUGUGCUCUGUCAUUUCUUUGUUAUUCCCUAGGGAGUAGAAAAAGUAAUAUAACAAACAUAGACCUACCAGCUAAGGUGUUUGACAAAUCCAAUGGUGAACAGCGAGAAUACUGUGAUUAACUGAUAACUGGCUGGUUGCAGAAGCAUCCAGUUAAGGUUACCAGGCAGUGGAUGCAGUUGUAUUGUGGCAGGGUACUAUUUGGGAUGGCCAAUUCUAAUGCUGUUCAGGUUGAAUCUUGAAUUUUCUCAUCAGCAACAUGGGAAGUUUGUAUGGACUCCAGCUCGUGUCCUUCAGACGGUUCUGUCAACAACAUGCUAGUAGAAGAAUGAAUAUGCUUUAUAAUGGCUUCUGAAAUUUUUGCAAUAAUCAUUCAGGGCUCUCUUGAGUUCUGAGCAAUGAAACGAUUUUCCCCAUUUACUUGGGAAAGUCUGUCAGCUCUAUCAAAGCAGGUUUAUGUGAUAUGAAUUAUAAAGUGAUGAUAUAUUGAGAUUAGGAUGGCUGGUUCACCCUUCAUGUAUAAAUUCUGGCCUCUGUCGUUUUCCUUAAUUUUGUGAUUCCUAAAUAGAAUGCUAUGUAACUCGAGUGGACUAAUUGGUGAAAUCUCUGCUUGAAAAUAAAAUUUAUGGUAUAAUUCAUUCACUUGACGAGACAUCAGUACUUAUCCAAAUAUCACAUUUUAGAGUCAAAUAAGAUUGAUGACAGUAGAACUGAAUUACAUCUGUAUUUCUUGAAGACUAUAAGAUUGAUGCUAAAUUCUUUGGUGCAGACUAAUGACUUUGGAUAAUUAAAGAUUUUUAGGAAAAUUGUGAUUAAAGCGGACAUUCAUAAUCUAAAUUUUUCUGAAAGUUUCUGGUAUAUGAAACAUAUUAUCUUGAAUAUUUCAAAUUUUAUGGAUUUGUGGCUUUUCUGAAUUAUUGAAUGGUCUCUGUAGUGCGGCUGUCUCGUCAUGUUUAGAAACUGAUCUAUUUCAAUCAAUAUUCACAUAGGUACAAACGUGAAUAGUUUAUUUUCUAGUGCAGGGUAAAGUUGAUAUUUUAUUUUUCUAAAUCUGGUUUUUCAAUUGAACAUCUUUGUUGAACUUAUUUUAGCAUUUUCGAUUUCAGAAAAAAACUCUGAAUAUCAUUUUUAUCAAAAAGGAGUAUGAUACGAUUUAAGCUGUAAGCAGAAUAAUUUUAUGACAGUCAUCCAUUUUGCAGAAUUUUGCUUUUCCUACGCUGCCUGUAUCUUGAUUUAAGUGCUUGAAUUCAUUGUUAAUUGCAUCAUUACCUUCACAGGUUCUGAAAAUUUUCUUGAGUAAAGCUUGUGUUUUCUUUUUGAGAAUAAAUAAAUGAUGACUUCUUUGUGGUUGUUUUCUUCUAAAAUUGAUGACUCGAAAAUUAAAUUCAAGUAAGAUGUUGUGUGUAUCUAUAUAUAGGUAAUUGUCGGAAUUGGAGCAAAGGCAGCAGUCAGUCCUUUUGAAGCCGUGGGUAUGAAUGAUUCCGUUGGGGGAAUACAGGUUGGUAACGAAAUCAAUAUGCAAUUUUGAUUUUCUCAUAUUUGACAUACCAGCCUGUAUAUUUUCUUUGCGAUAUCCAAUGUCUUACUGUUUGUAAGGUAGAGGAUGACUAGAAAGUUGAACAGUAUUACUUUACUUUCAGUGAUCUACUUUUUCAGAAUGACAAAGCAGAAUAUGCCUGAUUUUAAUUUUCAAAAGUUGUUACUAGGCCUCAGACUUGUCGCUUUUUUGGCAAGUGGUGAAAACCUCUUAUUUUAUUGAAAACAAUGAACUACAAUUCCGACCGUAAACCUCAUCAAGAGCGGGGACUGUCCAUUAACAAUAGAAAAGUUUGCUAAAAGUCAGUGAUUGGGGUUUGGGGAGAUCACUGAAAUAGGAGAUGUAUGCUCAACUGAGAUGAUAAAAUAACAGUGCGGAAAGGUUCGAAGUGGGAUCCUAGUGUUCAAGUAGUAUCCGUCCCUUCUCUUAAUCUAUGAAUAAAAUUGAAGGCCUAUCCGUCUUGCCGGGAAGGAUGUCAGUUUUCUGUUUGUAAGCUACUCAUGUAUGCAAGGGCAACACUGAUUAAUGAAAUGUGUUGAUCAUUUCUGUUGAUGUUAAUCAUGUGGUAGGGCCUCGUGAAAAUAUUAUCAGAUCCUCUCAAGAGUUUUUUACUUCUUGAGUUUGACAUGACCUCCAGGUCAAAUGAUGGUAAGAAUAUUAUUGCUUCUGGAUCAUUUCUGUUCCAUGUGUUUGGGCGUAGCUUUGUAAACACUUCGACAAUACUACAUUGAGUGAAGGAGUGAUUAAUUGAUUCCUGGGAAGUAUCACAAAUAAGUCGAUGCAUUGCUUGAACUGUCUCUUGAACUUAUCACUUGUAGUAAGCCCCUUCAAAGUUCAACUAAGAAGAUGGGAAUCUUAGUUGGAAUAUGUUUUCCUAAAUUUUAUUUUUUUUACCCAUUGAUGAAAGUCAUCGUCUCUUAAAAAUCAGAAGUAUCUGCCUGCUUGGAAAUUGGCUGUUUGGUCUCCGUUUUCAGAUGCAGUAAUGCUACCAUGUAUUGUCUGGCAUUGACGAAGAAAGAUCUGCAGAGAAAGUAGACCUCCCAGCUUAUCCUCAAUGGGCUUGUCUUCGUCAGCCCUCAAUAGGGUGCUUAAACUGGUAGAUGAUUUCCGUAAAAGAUUGUUGUGGAUCUGUCUUUGAGAACCAGAAGGGAUAACGUCAGUGUAACCCAAGAAUCUGGUAGAGUUCCUCCUGCCUACCUGAAGCACAGAACUUUAUUUGUCCUCUAUAACACAAAAGUUAUGCUUUUUCGCUGGCGCAAGCAUUUCAAAAUAUUCACCUGAGGUUCUUCAUUCUCAAUAAAUUUCUCUAGAGGUAAAUUUCUCGAGAUGCCAACACUCAGAUAGGCUUUUUCUUUCCAUUCAUGAAUCCGAUUAUCAAGUUUCUCAAUGAGACCAUUUAGAGAUGUGAUCCGAUAGCACUACUUUGAAAUGAAAGACCAUUAAAUUCAGUUGUGAGUUGCAUUUUUUUUUCUUCCCAGUUCAGAUAUUAUGACAUAGGUCUCCAACUAUAUCGCAAUAAGCUUUUUUCAAUGAGUUAACUCUCAGGCUGAAGCCAUUGCUGAUGUGCUGUCCCUUAAAGCUUACGCGUUAUAGAUGUUAUUGAAAACAGAAGGCUGAUUUCCUAGGGAAAUAGUUUGUUACGCAUCCAUUUCACUGCUGAGGCACAGGUUACUGACAAGAUCAAGAGAAAAUUCUGAUCGAUGAAUGUAGAGGACUGCUGACAUGUCAGCCGAAGAGGUGCUCAAAAGUGAAGGAAUCAUCACCACCACAACCUCUAUGUGAAGAUGGAAUGUAAUAGAUGGAUGAGCCUGCUAUGGCGGUCUCUGGAUGAGGGUUCGUACAACUUUGGAACUUUAUCUGGUUCUGAAAUUAGAUUGGGAAAGCAAGGGAAACUCAACUACUGGUAGGAGUUCACUGGUAGGAAAGCAAUGUUCUACUGGUACCAGAUAUUUUUCUAUAUAAACUUGUUCGGAGCACAAGAAGUUGUAACUAAACGAUGAUGACCAGAAGGGAUUGCUUGCGAGAGUCACAGUGGUGUUAGGAGUUCUCUUGAUUAAGUGCGUAGAAGAUAGAUUAAGUGAUUAAUUGAUUCCUGAGUGUAGUCUAAUCCACAAUAACCUCUACUUCAAUUAUCAGUUGAAAUAUUCUGCGAGAUGGGUAUCAUUCAAAUCUGGGCUCAGUUAUCUUACUUCUUCAUAGGUUGAUGGCCAAUUUCGAACACGUGUGCCGGGCAUUUUCGCUAUUGGAGAUGUUGCAGCAUUUCCUUUGAAGGUAUGCUCUCAAACUUCGAUCUACAUAAGUUUUUGAUUUUUCUUUUCACUAGCCAUGAUAAAUAUCUCAUCUUUCAUCUGCAGAUGUAUGACCGGGUAGCUCGGGUUGAGCACGUUGAUCAUGCUCGCAGAUCAGCAAAACAUUGUGUUGAAGCGCUUCUUAGCAUCCAUACUAACCCGUCAGUCAGAUCCGUCUCAAUGGCAUUGAAUCUUCCACCAUUUUAUUCUCUGUUCGUACACAUAUUAUUAUAAUGAUGGUCACUAUCUGCAGGUAUGACUACCUUCCAUACUUCUACUCUCGAGUUUUUGAGUACGAGGGGAGCUCAAGAAAAGUCUGGUGGCAAUUCUUUGGUGACAACGGUAAGAAAUUCUGAUGAUUAUUAGAUGGGUUCUCCCCGGAAUGCUAUACUUUCUCACCUUUUCCUGCAUCUGAGAUCUGCCUUCUGGUUCCAGUCGGUGAUGUCAUUGAAGUUGGAAACUUUGACCCAAAACUGGCUGCAUUCUGGGUAGACUCUGGUAUGAUAAAAGAAAGUCAACUUCACCUUCUCUUCUUCUUUUCUUUAAAAAUGAGUGCUUGCUCAUUGCUUCUCUAAUACAGGUGAUAGACUGAAGGGGGUUUUCCUUGAAAGUGGUACUCCUGAGGUACGUCCUUUCAUCUUCUUACUAUUUGGGGUAGAUGCUGGUCAAUUAGAGAAGCGUAUGAGAUCAUUUGAGACUACCAUUUUCCCUCAGCCCCUGUCUCAAUAUCUCUCGUCCACUUUCAGCAGAGAUUUUGCUGUUCUUGAGGAAAAUCAGUCUCACUUGACGCCACAUUGGACAUCUCACUCCGAUCAUGUUUCCAAAAGCAGCCUGAUUGUACAGUUAAAGGCAUAUGAGACACCUAAAGAUUGACCAUUGGCGGUGGGUUCUACCCAUCAGAAACUGAUUAGCGUUUGAAACCGCAUCUGGGUCGUUGCAGUUUUUUCCAUUAUUGGGAAUCUGCUCCCAUCGUCACUCCAAAUGACUCCUGGGAGCAUCGUUAGAACUUGUAUCUGUUCAUGGAUAUCUAACGAGGGCAACGGCGCUUUCAGGAGUUUGGACUUCUCCCUAAACUCGCCCGGCUCCAGCCCAUUGUCGACAAGGCCAAGCUUCGGAGUGCGUCAUCUGUGGAAUCCGCCCUGGAACUCGCGGGAAGCUCCAUCCAGGCUGAAGCCAGUGCCUAG